AAUGACUAAAAAUUUAUCAUUUAGAUUUUAUUGAGAAAUCUUUGUAGUUAAAAGCUGUGUGUGGAGUGUGGUUGGGUGUGAUUGUGUGUGGCUGUCUGCGAAAAGCACAAAUGACAAAAUGGAAGAACCAGCAGCUGGUUGAGUUCAACAACACUCCGCUGCAUGAUGUAACAAUAAAGAGUUUCCUGAUUAACUGUUUGAAAGGAAAAGUCAAUAUUGAACGAAGCACAGAAGAUGAUGACACAACAAACACUUGUUCAAGUAACAAUCCAAAAGUUAAAAGUUUCAAACAAAUUCAAAACCAAAUCAAAGUUUUGUUGAGUGAAUGUAGUGUGCAUGGUGAUUGUGACGUCAUAAUGCAUGUUGUUACAUCAUAUUACACUGUGUUGCAAACCGCCUGUGAAAGAUGGGGAAAUGUUAAUUAUGACAUCAUAAGGGAACUUGUUAGCAAAGAAAUGUCAAACCAAUGCAACGAACCAUUCAUCGAAAUUAUGACGAUGGAAUUACCUUUAUCUCCAAUCAAGUCAGCUUUGGUCGCUUUCUCUGCGAUAACAAACCUAACAACUGAAGGGUUUACAAAGUUUCUGCAAUAUUGCUCUAUAAGAACCGAGUUCAACUUGCCUUUUAAGUUUUGUUGUUUCCUACUUAACCCUGACAACUUUACUUUAUUGACUUCAAUGCAACAAGAAGUCAAUGGAAGCCGUAAAGCUAAGGUGGAAAACAAUAGAAGGAAAUUGCUACGGACUCUCAGGAAUAUGCUAAAGAAUCAAAAUGGUUCAAAAAGUCAACAAUUUUUGGCUGAAUGUGUUGAACUCAGUGGUAACGCUGUGUUAAAAACUAAAACACAAACAAAUGAUGAAUUAAAAGGAAAACGUCCGAAAUGUCGGGCUUUUACACCAAUGAAAGUAAACGUUGUACCAGAUAUUGAAGCAGACGGACAAGUGUAUGACAGACCCCGGGACCCCCCCGGACAACGCAGCUUCUACAUUCCACCGGGUGAUGCUGCGAUGGAAUCUUACAGACUGAGCACGUUCAUGAAAUAUCCACAAGAUACUCCAGUAAACCCACGACAUCUGGCAGCUGCUGGCUUCCAUUAUACUGGCUACAAGGACAGGGUCAAGUGCUUCUGUUGCGGACUUUGUGUUGAGAACUGGGUUUCGGGAGAUGAAAUAAAAUCCAAGAAAUGGCAUCGUAACAACUGCGAGUUGGUGAAUGGAAAUGGGAGUGGGAAUCAACCAAUAGCAGGCAUUUUUUUCCCAUUCCAAAAUGGAACCAAAAGAUACAUGGAGCAUGCAGCAGACCCCACACAUGCCAACCAAACAAGUACCAGCAUUGGCAGUGGCAACAAUGCACCAAUGCAAACUGCUAAAUAUGUGGAGCCUGUUAAAAGUGCAACAUCAUAUCAGAGAAUAGAGCUGGCAACAAUAGCUUCGCCCUAUCAUGAACAACUCGUAAGAUCACUUGAUUUGAGGAAAGAAAGUGACAGAAGUAAAACGUAUGAGAACUGGCCUGCGCAGAAUCGAACAGUAUACGCAAGUGAUUUGGCUCGUUCCGGCUUUUUUUACCUCGGUAAUUUGGAUCGAGUCCAGUGUUUCUCAUGUGGAGGAGUGUUGCGCAACUGGAAUUAUGGGGAUAAUAUUACAGCUGAACACACGAGACACUUCCCUCAUUGCAGAAUGGUGCAAGGCACAGAAACAAGGAACGUAGCUUCACCUGCACAACCCAACCCACAAACAACGAGAACAUCAACCCAGGAACCUCCUGAUCCAACUGAAAGCGAGAAGUUGGAACUGAGUGAAAUGUUCCCAUGCCAGUACCCGGUGAAUCCCCAUAUGCGGAACCAAGAUAUGAGACUUGCAACUUUUGACCAGCGGUGGCAGCAAAGAGCAUUACAAGCAAAACCAGCUCAAAUAUCAAAAGCGGGAUUUUUCUUCUUGGGUGACCGAGAUCGUGUAAAGUGCUGGUAUUGUAACGGAGGUUUACAGAACUGGGAUCCUAAUGAUGAACCAUGGACUGAACACGCAAAGUGGUUUCCAACAUGUGAAUUCCUAAUUCGUAGCAAAGGACCAGACUUUGUUCACGCUAUGGUUUCAAAAUAUCCCAACCUCCCACGACCGAUAUUACGUGGUCCAUUUGAUGUUCCACCAAGCAUAAGAAGAAACAGUGAAAGUACGGCACCACCACCAAUAAUGGACCAUAAGAAAGAGAUGGCUGAAAUGAAAACCAAGGUCAAGAAACACAUGGAAAGUGAAGAAGCUAAGUCAGUGUUGGAGAUGGGGUUUGGAAGGAAGGAACUCGAAAAAGUUAUCAAGAAAAAACUAAAAAAAGAUGGUAAAAUGUUCAAAUCAGUUGUUAGCAUUAUUGAUGCAAUGAAUGACGGCACAGAUUCAUCUGAUGAUGAAAUGGAAGCGGAUGAACCACAAACACAAACUCCAAUGUCUAUAAGUGACUUAGAUUUAUCGCCUUCUAUGCUGGCAAGGGUGGCUGAGUUGGAAGAAGAAAGAAAAUGUAAAGUUUGUUUAGACAAGAUGGCCGACAUUGUAUUUAUACCGUGUGGUCACCUAUGCACAUGUAUUGAAUGUGCAUCAGCAUUGAAUAAAUGCCCAAUUUGUAGAAAAAGGAUUGAAAAAUCAAUCAGAACGUAUUUAAAUUAACAAAUAUAAAGUUAUUUUUUUAGAAAUUUAGGCAAUUUAUAUAUGGGUAGGUUAGUAGCUUACACGGUUACACCUAUGCUAUGAAUAUAGCAUUGAGCAUAUGAUCAAGUCCGACUUUUAAAUCUAAUACUAAUUUCUAUGAUUGGUUCUUUUAUUUAUAUAUUUAUCAUUAACUUUUCUUGGACAUGAUUUUGUUUUUUUUAUUUAUUUACUAUUAACGUGGACGAACAAACGCCGAUACAACCUUUUAUUUAGAUUACCAUUACUUUUUUAUUGUUAUUGUGUUAUUUUUAUAAUGUAUCAUUAGAUUAUAUAUGCAUCACUUGUAUCGCUUCUCUAUCACAUUACAAUGAUAAUGCACUUCAGAACGUAACUUUAGCUCUAAUACAUUUCUUUAAAUAUUAACAAGUA